UUGGAGCUCAAAAGGGAAAGUGCACCAGUUGGUGUCCCACAUCACCCAGUAAUGAGCGACUGGACCUGUUGGAGGUCCUUGGUGGGGGCUCGGUGUUGUCCAAACCCCCCGCAGUAUGCCAAUCUCUGGAUGCCGGUAACUUGCACUUGCCUCACAGCCAGUGGGUUGGGUAUUGUUGACAGGUGCGGCCGGCCGGCGCGAUCGCUGCCUCGCUUCACUCGCUUCACUCGCUCUCUCCGUGUUGAAGACAUCGGAUCUCGCAGCUUUGGAGGGAAGGCGUAAUCCGGAUCAACAAUCCCAAGUGUUGAGUGGAAGGGAAUCUGAUGCUUGCUGUCAGCUCCCCCCCACCCGGAGCUGAGCCCUGUGCUCCGACGCGAGUUGGAUUGAAUGUUUCUGAAACUAUGUAAAAGGGAGUGUGGAUUAGAGCGAGUUCCCGGCGGAGUUCGUGUGUUUGUGCAAACAGGCGGAUAUUGGCGCUGACUCCCCGGGACAAGGGCUGGCGGCGUCGGAGUGGGACUCGGAUCCGAUGGGAAUUUGAAAGCGAAUCGCCAGGAUUGGGGGCGCAAUUAUGGCGUUUACGUUCGCUGUCUUCUGUUACAUGCUUUCGCUGGUGCUGUGCUCCUCGCUUCUCUGCUUCGCCAUCUGGAACAUAAUUGCAUUUGAUGAACUGCGAACAGAUCUCAGGAGUCCUGUAGACCAGUGCAACCCACUCCACGCACGAGAGAGGUUGAGAAAUAUCGAGCGGAUCUGCUACUUACUGAGAAGGCUGGUGCUCCCAGAAUAUUCUAUUCACGGCUUGUUCUGUAUCAUGUUCCUGUGCGCACAAGAAUGGCUGACAUUGGGUCUCAAUAUACCCCUGCUCUUCUACAAUCUUUGGAGGUACUUCCACAGCCCUGCGGACAGUAAUGAGCUGAUGUACGAUCCAGCAACGGUGAUGAAUGAUGAGACUCUCAAUUACUGCCAGAAAGAAGCCUGGUGCAAGGCGUCCUUCUACCUGAUGUCCUUUUUCUACUACCUUUACUGUAUGAUUGACACGCUGGUCAGCAUCUAACCAGGAGGACACAGUGGCAGCGACUGAAUCAAACUCAGAAGGAGGCAGGGACAGAAAGACUGGCACAUCGCAGAUACUGCAUUCAAUCCUUGCCAUUUCCACACAAAACCUCGGAGCAACCAGUUUGAAUAAGACCUUUGUUUCUGCCUUGAUUACAUCAAACCAAGGGCAGGGAUCAGAAUCAACCUUUUCCCCCAAUCUCUCUUACACCAAACCAUGGGGCAGAGAUCAGAAUCAACCCUUCACCCUCAUCUCUUGUUCACCAAGCCGUGAAGCCGAGUCAAAAAUGGCCCCCUAACCCAUUCUGUAACACCAAGGUGCUUUCAGCGUAUUGUAAAAGCGUUGAUUCUUUCAUUCAUCUAUUGAUUCACAGAAGCAGUCUUGCCCGUCAGACCCUUCACUGAAGGAGAUAUCCACCCCGAUCCCUUUCAUUAAGGGAGAUGUCCACUGAAACCAGUUUCAAUGUGGGAAAUCGACUGGGACUCCUUUCACUGAGGGAGAUACCCAAAGGGACAUCUUUCACUAUGGGAAAUAUCGAUUCAGACCCCUUUUACUAAGAUAUCCACUGUGAAAAACAAACUGCUGGAGGAACUUAAUGGGUCAGGCAGCAUCUGUGGAGGGAAAUGAACAUUUGACAUUUUUGGUUCAAAUUCACUGAAAGAGUGGAGAAGUGAUAGCUGGUAUAUAUGGGUGAAGAGAGUGGAGCAAGAACUGGCAAGCGAUAGAUGGAUCCUGAUAAGGAAGAGUGAAUUGGUGGAUGUAGUCAAGUGAGAAGAGAAGGUUGGCGAAAACAACAGAGACUGGGACAUGGUUGGUGAAGAUAACCAUGGGCUGCAGGUGAUGAAUCUUGAUGUGACGAAAUGAGGGAGGUGGAGUGUGGCUAAUGUGCAGAUGGAGUCGGUGGGGUGUUAUUGGAAAUGAAUAUGUAUAGGAAUGUUUUAGGUAGAGAGGGACUGAGGAGAUCAGACUACCUGAAAUUAUAGAAUUUGAUGUUGCUUCCAUAUCCAGUGGGACCCCUUUCACUGAGAUAUAUAUUCAAUGGGAUCCAUUUCACUGAGGGAGAAAAUCACCCAAAUCUCUUUCAGUGAGGGAGAUAUCUCUUCAGAUUUAAUGGGUCUGUUCUUUCCUCAAACUAGUUGGAUUUACAAGAACAUUGUAACCAUAACAGUACUUUGAAAGCAUUCCACACUGUACUGAACCUUUUACAUUCACAUUUAGAUCAUAUUCAAUUCUGUGUGGAACCAAGCAUUUUAGUAUUGAUUUAGAAAGUAGAAGCUCAUGCCUGUGAAUGAAUGUGGGGAUAUUCCAAAUAAUGUUUGAUGUAAUUUGGGUGCCUACCUUUGGGCCCACACCACAUCAACAUCUUUAAGAGACAAAUUCACUGUUGAUGCUUGUGUCUUACGGAGCCUAUUGAAUGAUUGAAAUAAUCAUGUCUUUAAUAUUUCUUGUACAGGAAACUUGUAAUAUAUUGCGACAAUAAAUAUUGCAUACAGGAGAAGUGUUUGGUGACUUAAUGUUUGGUGACUCCCAAAUUGUGUGUUUAUCUCGUGAUUUAAUUGAUAAUAUGGAUUAGGCAAGAUUAAACUGACAGUUUGACUUCUAUGACACUAUCUUCAGUGUUGUCAAUUGUACGCCAAACACCUUCAGAUUCUGUAAUGACCUUCCCCUCAUCAGAAGUUCUGAAGGGGAUUGUUUCCUAGUUACAAUGUUCAUCCCUAAGCCCACAUCUUCAGAAAAUCAAGCAUGCGGCAGGACCUGGAUAACAUUCAGACUUGGAUUAAUAAGUGUCAAAUAACUUUUGCAUACCAUUAGUUCCAGCAAAUGUUCACCCCCAACAAGAAAGAGUCUAUCCAUCGCCAUUUAACAAUUAUGUUAUGACUGUCCCAGGCUGCCACCACCAGCUUCCAGGGGGAGACAUCGACCAGAAAUUCAACUGGAUCAUGUGCAAAGAUACCGUUGAUACAAGAAGUGAUCCUAUGAUGGGUAAUAUACAGCGAAUGGCUCAACCCACCGAUUAUCAAAUACCAUCAGGCACAGAAGGCUGGGACAAAAAAUGGGGACUGGGACAAGAAAUGUCAUAGAAUCAUUUAAUGAGAAAAUGUAUGCAGUAGAAAGUCAUUUGGGACAUUGUGUGUGAAUUGGUCUCAAAGGAACUACUCAGCCUAUUCUCAUUUUCCAGCAUUAGGUCCACAGUCUUGAAGGUGUCUGCAUUUGAACUGCAUGCCCAAGUACAUAGUAAAUGUGAUGGUGUGCUAAAUAUACACUGGGAAUCCCCACAGGCAGUAAGAUUAUUGACUAGGAAAACUCACUGGGCAGACAAUAUUCACUGAAAAUAAUUUUAAGUCUCUGAAUAUCUACAAAGAAUAACCAGUAGUAUACUAAUGCCCACUGGGAAUAUCUAUCAAAGCAAGGAUUUGGCUUUGGAAAACAGAAUAUCCCAAUGGCAAGAUGUGCAUGGGACAAUGAAAUACUAAUGAAAUCCAUUGGGAAAUGCAAAAUCAAACAGGACAAGGAAUUCCCACUGAGAAAAAAACAAAAAUAUUUUAAUAACUUUGAAAACUUAUUAAAAGUUAAAAAAUUAAACAAAAUUAUUAGUUAUCAACAUUUAAAAACAAAUUAAAAAACAAAAUGGAUUAAUUUAAAAACUGCAAAUUAUCAAAUACUUACCUCACAGUUAUUCCUCUCCCAUUACAUAAAUGGAGCCCCAGUUCCCAUAGGUCCAAGCCAAAUUAAGUUGGUCUCAUAGAUUCCCCACCAAAGUGCCAGAAAGUCCCAUAUUUACACAUUAUGUACUAAAUACGGUUGGAAAAAAUUCACAGCUGCAUAGAAAAAGCCAAUUGGUCCAUUAUGUACACACCAGCUCCUUAUAGAGUAAUGCAGUCAGUCCCACAUCUUCCAUCUUUCUUCACUGUGUUGAUAAAUAUUUCUGGCUUUAAAUAUUUAUCUAAUUCUCGUUCAAAAGCCACAACUGAAUCUACCCAAACCGCACACUCAGUCAGUGCAUUCAAGUGCAUCUCUACUUAAUAUCUCUAGCCACCCACGUGAUCCUUGAUGCCUCUGCUAAUGGGAAUAGUUUCUCUCUAUUACAGCUAGUCAUGAUUGCGUACAUCACUAUUAAGUUUACGUUAAGCUUCUUUGCUUCAAGGGGGACACCCCGGGUUCUAAAAUUUAAUUCUACUGGCUGAACUCCUCAUCCAAAAACGAUAUUUUUUUUUCUCCCUCUCUAGUACCUUUACAUCCUUCCAAACUUUAGAUAAUCAAAAUUGAACUUAGUCAGUUGUGGACAAACUAGUAUAUUAUAUUGUUCAACAUAACCCAUUUGCUUUUACACUUUUUAUGUCAGGUCGGGGGGAGUU